AGGAUGAAGGAACGUGAUGAACGAAAAACAGACUUUAAAACAAAACAUGGUUUAUAUGAGUGCUGAUGGACAAACAAAAGUGGUUAAUAGGACGUUGUCAACCUUAUUACGAUCUAUUAUUCAGAAGAACUUGAAGAAUUGGGAAGAGUGUUUGCCGCACGUUGAAUUUGCUUAUAACCGGAGCAUCCAUUCAGCAACUAACUGCUCGCCAUUUGAGGUUGCAUAUGGUUUUAAUCCACUCACUUCUUUGGAUUUAUUGCCAUUACCUAUUGAUGAACAAGCUAGUUUGGAUGAGAAAAAAAAGCUGAAGUGGUUAAGCAACUACAUGAGAAGGCGAUGGACCAUUUCAAGUGAUUGCAAGAUAAACGACAAUGCAUACAAGUUGGAGCUUCCUGGUGAGUAUAAUGUUAGUGCUACUUUUAAUGUUUCUGAUCUUUCUCCUUUUGAUGUAAGUGACGAUUUGAGGACAAAUCCUUUUGAGGAGAGAGGGAAUGAUGGGAAUCAAGACGACAGCAUAUCUACUACGUCAUGUGAUCCAUUACACACCCAAGGAGGUCCAGUCACGCGAGCUAGAGCUAGUAAGAUGCAAGAAGCUUUAAAUGGCCUUAUUAAGCAGAUCUGGGUUGAUAACAACAUGCAAGAAAACUUUAUAGAACUUAUCAAGAUUAUUCUUGUGGCGUUCUAACCUGACUUAUCAUUCUCGUUCUUAAUCGUUUGAGGGUGUGGCAUCAAUCGACUUGAUACCUUUGGUUCUUGUUGCGACAUAAACAAUGAGUCAAGGUCCUAUUAUAAACCUGAUUUGGCUUUCCUGGAGUUUAGAAAUCCCUUGUCGUGCUGGGGGUCUCAUUGUUCUCUUUGGGGUUCUCUUCAAUAUAUGAAUUGCUAGGAU